AUGGAUGAUCAGAUAUCCGAAGAUUUUGGAUUCGACGAUUUGACUUUAUUGAUGGUCACUAUUAUUAUUGUCCCAGCAUUCCGAGUCGUGAAAGCCACUUAUCAAGGAGCAACUACAAGAUCUAGGGCUAAAGUUUUGGAUCAUAUCAAUUUGGUAGCAAAGCCAUUCGAUCCAAUGGGAGACCAUGAUUCCGCGCAACUCACAAAAGGGAUGGAACUGAUUCAAGAGAUUCACGCAAAGCUAGAUUCAAUGCUCGGAAAGUGGGAGCCACAAAAGGGAAAACCCGCAAGGGUCGACCGAGCUCUAGGGCCAACGAUCAAAUUCAUUGUAGAAGAGCUUUUCGAUGUGCCUGAGCUUAAGCAACCGAAGCCUGGGAACAAUAUGAAAAUAGACACAUAA